CUCCUGCUUCUGAUUUGCCGCGCAUCAUCCAGUUCUACCAUCAACACCAUCAUCACCAUCCUCACCGUCACCACAGCCGGAUCACCUCCGCCUGGUUUAAAGGAUCGUUACGUGAACGCGCGUGCUUGCCUGGCUGUGUGUGUGUGUGUGGGUGUGUGUGUGUGUGUGUGUGUUGCCCUGGCGGCUGCUGAGGAUGGCGGAGAGCGAGGCAGACACGCCGAGCACUCCGAUCGAGUUCGAGAGUAAAUAUUUCGAAUUUGACGGAGUGCGGCUGCCGCCGUUCUGCAGGGGGAAGAUGGAGGAGAUCCAGCAGUUCUCCCUCAGAGGGAGCGACGUGUGGAUCGUCACCUAUCCCAAGUCAGGCACCAGUUUACUACAGGAAGUUGUGUAUCUUGUAAGUCAGGGAGCAGAAGGAGGCGACCCUGAUGAGAUUGGUCUUUUGAACAUUGACGAGCAGCUGCCUGUCUUGGAGUACCCAACACCUGGGCUCGACAUCAUACAGGAGCUGACAUCACCUCGCCUGAUAAAAAGCCAUCUUCCGUACCGAUUUCUCCCAAAAGCCAUGCACGACGGAGAGGCCAAGGUAAUCUACAUGGCCAGAAACCCCAAAGACCUGGUAGUGUCUUACUACCAGUUCCACCGUUCUCUCAGGACCAUGAGCUAUCGUGGAACCUUCCAGGAGUUCUGCCGGCGCUUCAUGAAUGACAAGUUGGGAUAUGGUUCCUGGUUUGACCAUGUUCAGGAAUUUUGGGAGCAUCGUGAUGACUUGAAUGUCCUCUUUUUGAAAUAUGAAGACAUGUAUAAGGACCUGGGGACAAUGGUGAAGCAGUUGGCCAGAUUCCUUGAUGUUACGUGUGACAAGGCUCAGCUGGAGAUUCUGGUGGAACACUGCAACCAGCUGAUCGAGCAGUGCUGCAAGUCCGAGGCACUCUCUGUCUACAGGGGUCGAGUGGGUCUGUGGAAGGAUAUCUUUACAGUGUCCAUGAAUGAAAAGUUUGAUGCAGUGUACAGAGAGAAGAUGGCCAAGUCUGACCUGACCUUUGAUUUCUGCCUGUGAGGACCUCCUCACCUCUUCUCACCRUCCUGCCCGAACUGACCUCUACAAGCCUCACAUCCUGCCAAAACUUUCUCCUACAUCUUAUUGAACUUAUUUGUAAAAUUGCUUUUGCACAAUGGAAUGACACUGGAAGCAGAGGUUUAUGGUAACUAAGUAUAUUUAUUUUGUUAUAGUACUUAAGUAGGUUUUUUUUUACAAUUUAUAAUUUUACCAUGUAUUUUUUUAAAUCAUAACUUUUACUUUUAUUUUGUUACCUUCAAAACAGAAAUUAUACCUUUACUUCUUUACUUUAUAACUGUAACAUCUCGUUGCACACUAUAAAUUUAAAUUUAACUGUAUAUACAAGAAUCUGAGUCAAAGGACAGCAGGAACUGUGCAUGAAAAGCCCUGAUUGUAAGAGAAACACUCUAAGAAAGGAGUUGUUUAUGCACUCUAAAAAAUGAAGUAUUUAAUGUCAACUGGUUCCAUAUAACAGAGUUUAGUAAAUGUAAUGCAAUAUCGCUCAGUUUACUGAGCUCGCUUUAGUAGAACCAGAUUAGUUAAAGGGAUCCACAGUCACUUGUAACAUUAAACUUUAUUUGAUAAACGUCCUGAUGCAUCUCAGUAAUCC